AUGGCACCCACCGAGUCUUUCGUCAUCAAGACGCCCUGCUCCAGCGCCAACAUCGGCCCCGGGUUCGACGUGAUCGGACUGGCGCUGUCCAUGUACCUGGAGCUGCACGUCACCAUCGAUCGUUCCGUCGCCAAAUCGGACCAGCCACUCAACUGCCGCGUCACGUAUGAGGGUGAGGGCGAGGGCACCGACGAGAUCAGCCUCGACCCCCAAGUCAACCUCAUCACCCGCGUCGCCCUGUACGUCCUGCGCUGCCACGACCAGCGGAGCUUUCCCGCCGAGACUCAUGUGCACAUCAAGAACCCCAUCCCGCUCGGCCGCGGCCUCGGCUCUUCGGGUGCGGCUGUCGUGGCUGGUGUGAUGCUGGGGAAGGAGUGCGGCGGCCUGCAUGAUCUGACGCCAGAGCGGCUGUUUGACUUUUGCUUGAUGAUUGAACGUCAUCCCGACAACGUAGGCGCGGCUCUGUUCGGCGGUUUCGUCGGCACGUACCUUAAGCCACUGGCCCCCGAGGAUGUGGCUCGCGUGGAGAUCCCUCUCAGCGAAGUUCUUCCCGCUCCCGCUGGCGGCAUCGACACCGGCGCGAAACCACCUUCACCACCCAAUGGUAUCGGUCACCACAUCAAGUUCCCCUGGGCCUCCCAAAUCAAGGCCGUGGCUAUUAUCCCGGAGUUUGAGGUGCCCACCGCAAAGGCUCGCGAGGUGCUCCCUGCGCAAUAUCCGCGGCCCGACGUGACCUUCAACCUGCAACGCAUCGCCCUACUUCCCGUAGCACUAGGCCAGUCGCCUCCCGACCCGGAACUCAUCUACCUAGCCAUGCAGGACAAGCUGCACCAACCGUACCGCCAGACCCUGAUCCCCGGGCUGAGCGAGAUUGUCCAGUCCAUGACGCCCGGUACCCAACCUGGCCUACUAGGUGUGUGCCUGUCCGGCGCCGGGCCGACCAUCCUAGCGUUGGCGACCGAAAACUUCUCCGAGAUCGCCGAGCGCAUCAUUUCUAAGUUCAGGGAGAACAAGAUUGUUUGCAAUUGGAAGGUGUUGGAGCCAGCCGAAGGGACGACGGUGACUCGGGCGUAG